AUGUGGUUCGCUGGCGGCGGAGGAGGAGGACUGAGGAAGCUCUGUAGAGCCACCUCGAAUGAGCUAAGCUGUAGCUCUUUGUUUGUGAGAUACAUGUCGAGAGAGAGAGCUGUGAACGUCCGGAAGAUAAACCCUAAGGUUUCGAUCCCAGAGGCUAACCUCAUUUCCAGUUCUCUCUACGAUCUCUUCAAGCAACAUGGCCCUCUUUCCGUUCCCAACACUUGGCUCCGCGCUCAGGAAGCUGGGGUUAGUGGAUUGAACAGCAAAACGCAUAUGAAGCUAUUGUUGAAAUGGAUGAGAGGGAGGAAGAUGCUCAAGUUGAUCUGCAACCAAGUUGGUUCCUCCAAAAAGUUUUUCCACACCAUUUUACCUGAUGAUGAUCCUCAACAAGAUCAACCUAUUGCUGCUGCCACUGAUAACAAGAAACAAGGGUUCAAGAGAAGUGGUGACAAGAACAAGAAACAAGGCUUCAAGAGAAAAGGCAAAUAG